CCACGAAAUACCACACUUCAAUCGUUUACAACAUGAUGUCGUCAAAGGAGGCGCAGGCCCUGGCACACUCAGAGUUCUGGGAUGAACGGUAUGCGAAGGCAGAUGGGGAUAAGCCCACGCAUGAGUGGUUUCGCGCUUUUGACGCGCUAGAGCCGUUUUUCGAGAAGCAUCUUUUCAACGCAAGGGGAGCUGAGGGGAAAGGCCAGAGAGUGCUGCAUUUGGGGAGUGGGGAUAGUACCGUUCCAUACGACCUCCUAGAGCGGGGCUACACAAACCAAGUCUGCAUCGACUUCUCUACAGUAGUAGUAGAUUGCAUGAAGUCACGACACCCUGACAAGCCGCAAGUAGAAUGGACAGUUGGUGACGUGCGGGACAUGAAUGGUAUCAAUACCAAAUCUGUGGAUGUUGCUUUCGACAAAGGCACGCUGGAUGCUAUGAUACACGGCAGUCCGUGGAGUCCGCCUGAGGAAGUCUUAGAAAACACUGGGAGAUAUAUUAACGAGGUUUUGAGGGUCCUAAAAGACGACGGCGUGUUUCUUUAUAUCACAUACCGGCAACCGCAUUUCAUCAAACCGAUCUUGAAUCGGGCAAAUGAGUGGGACCUGAGUAUGGAGGUGAUGGGUGAUGGGGAUAGUUUCGAGUACUUUGGCUUUGUUCUCAAGAAAUAUACCCUAGUCGUAAACUAGGGUAGUCCUGUAAACUAUAUAGCAAUAGAAUGGUAAAAAGCCCGUUGAGGCUGUCACGGAGUUCACCGUGGUACAUUGGCCAUCAAAUGUCUGUUUGUUGCCAGCUCUUGGCGCGGGGUAAGAACGACAGGGC